UGGUAGCCUGUUCUAGAUAUUUAUAACUUGACGUCUGCAAUCGAGAACGCUCUAUAAUUUUGGCUUCAGAAUGUUAGAAGCGGCCUAAUAUGUUGAUUUCCCUGAAUUUUGCUUUUCCGACAAAAUAGUGUCAUAUGCAUGUAAAACGUCGAUAUGCACUAACAGCUGCAGCUCAGAUGGUACACAGACUGCAAUCAUGUACUCAGACUGGACCUCUCUCCGAGAUGAAAUACAGUUCAACAAGGCCAACCUUAGUGUGCUGAAUAAAUUCCCUGAAGCUGUUGGCAAGGAUGUAGCAUGCAGUGUAGUGAAGCAUAUUGCCACGAAUCUGAGCAUCAGUAACAGCUGUGAGCCCAGUAACCUUGUAACUGAUGCAGAGGUGAAAUGGACAAUGGAGGUGCUAUGUUAUGGCCUGGGCCUGCCGCUGGACCAGAUUGACACUAUCAAGGACUGUGUGAGCGUGUACUGCGAGUGGCUGUCAGCCCUGACGAGCCCCAAGCUGCCUGUGCCCAAGCCUAUCACUGACGAGCCCAACCCAUAUGCCCAGAUGAUGCUGCACCAUCUCCUCAAUCUGUUUGUGCCUCGAGUUGGUGCAGUGGCUGAUCUGGUGAAGAGACAAGCUUUGUUGUGCCAUCGAGUGUUAAGGACUAUAGAGAGCGUUGCCAAAGAGUCGGCCCUGCUUUCCCGUGACACGUGGGAAACCCUGCUGAAAUUUCUCUUGGCUGCAAAUAACAGCCUUCUUUCCCCACCAACAGAAAAAGAAGAUACUGGAUUGAGUUCAUAUGACAUUGGUGAUCAUUUGUGCGAGCGUGUACUGAGUGUGCUAUUUGAACUGUGGCUGCUCGCAUGCCAGAAGUGUUUCCCGUCGCCAUCUCUAUGGAAGACAUUCCGAAAGAUGUGCAUCUACUGGCGCCACCACGAGGCUCUCAUCACCCAGUGGCACCGCGUGAAUCACGCCCUCACAGCGCGGCUGUUAAAGUUCAUGUAUGGGCCGGACUACCCAGAGCUUGUGAUAUCUGAGAAUGAUGAAGGGGGCCUACUGGUUCCCGUGGAGAUGAGCAACGACUGUAUCGCCCAGAGCUGGUUCCGCUUCCUGCACAUCACCCAGAACCCUGUUGAUUUAGCGAAGCCGGAGCUUAUCAGCCAGACUCCCAUGUUUCUGAAACUGGCGCUUGAAAGCGAGGAUGUAAUUGAUCCCCGGCAGCACGAGUGCCUCCUCAAACUGCCACAGAUAUUCUACAAGGCCAUGAGAGGGAUCUCCAUCAUGGUCAAUGCCUUCCUGGGUAUUUCCCAGGAUGUGAAAGAAGAGAACAUAUUGACUAGCAUGAGUUUCAUCUCCUCGGGCCUCAGCAGUCGACAGUCCACCACCCUUGGGCCCUCCACGCCACCAGGGCAGAGAAAGUUAGGCCGACCAUGGGUUCCACUUCCUGCUCCACUCACACAGAGAGUCAAGUCCAAUACGACCAUCUCUAGCAAGACAAGUGUCCCCAUGCCCCAGUGCCUGCCUGGGUUGCUCUCCCUUGACAGUCGCCCGCCCCUGGCCCCUAACAGGCCCAAGUGUAACAGCAUCCUGCACCUGUUUGGGGCCUGGCUGUUUGAUGCGGCCCUUGCCAAUGUGAAGAUACUGCCGGUACAUAGAAAUGAAGGCCAGACCUACAGGCGAACAAACUCACUGAUUGACCAGUCACGGCCCACAUCCCUGUCUAUUGACACCUCUCCUGAGAAGAAGUCCAUGUCAGACAAUACGUAUGAGUCUGGAAGGGCAGAAGCCUGUGGGACACUGUGUCGACUCUUCUGUGCCCAUAAAACAGGAGAGGACAUUCUUCCCGCUUACUACUCUCGGUUCUAUUUUGCUCUGUGCUAUGGGCUACAAGUGGAUGACAACAUCAGCGGCCCCGUGCUCUCCAACAUUCUCUUCAACUCCUGUGAUCUGCUGCGUGUGGACCUGGCUGGAGUCCAGAUCCUUGUACCACACAUCCUCAACGCUCUUGAGCUUGUAUUGAAAGAUCAGACUCCCAAAUUCAGACUGUGUGAGCUGCUACCUAGUGUGGAGCUGAGGAAGGCGUGUGUCCAUCUUCUCCUCUCCAUGCUUUGUCUACCACUGCACUUCAGGGACCUGGAAAUCAAGGACAUUCUCACCCCGGAGGCCACACCAGAGCAUAGUGUAUCCUUUAUCUCCCUGAAGCAAAGGAUCACAGACCUGUUACUGUGGGCCCUGCAGAUAGAGAAUGACAAUACAAACACACAGAUGCUGCUGGGAGGCCUGAUGUUGUUGGUGCAGGACAUGGCUCUGUGUGAAGAAGCUGAGCAGACGACAAUCCAGCCCCAACAUGACACCUCAGAUCAUCAAGUACACGCAGAUACUAGCGAGGACAGUGUUGCCAGUAAUCAGUCUUCAGAGUCGAGCUACGCUGAGUCAGGGUACCACAGACUGCCCGCUCACUCAAAUGAGAACGACACUGCAUACGGUCUGUUCGGGCAGGCCACGUCGCUGGUGUGUAACCGCCUGAUGGCCUCCUGGAAGCAAGAGCUGAGCACGGCCCUCGCUGCCAUGGAGCUCCUCUCGGGGCUUGCCAAGGUCAAGAUUGCACCGGCGAACAUGCUCAUGUGCAAGCGCACUGUCAAGUGGAUCUGCGACUUCAUCGUGUACCAGUGCUCGCGCCCGGCACAGUUCCACUCGAAGGAUCUGCACUCAAUGAUAGUGGCUGCAUUCAAGUGCCUCACCCUCUGGCUGGUAGAGCAUAGCCGGCUGCUGUAUGAUAAGGAAUGCCUGCAUAACGUCCUGGAGGUGGUUGAGUUGGGAAUAUCUGGAUCAAAGUCUCAGAGGCAAACUCCAAACACAGAAUCAGUCUCUAUGAGACUUGAUAAAGACUCUAAGUCAGUGUACAUGCAGAACAAGGCAAGUGACCCACCCAAGUUCAAGGGUGACAAGGAUUUCCAGCCUGCCUCGAUGAGGGUCAAGGACGCAGCUGAAGCCGUUCUCACAUGCAUCAUCGAUCAAGUGGGUGCUUUCCCCCCUCCGUGUGGCCCUGAGUCCCUGUUUUCCCUGCUGGAUGAGAAGUCCCUUCUUAAGUAUGCUAAGGGUACGGGCCUGCCAGAGAAUGGGUCUCCAUUCAGAUACUUUGUGCUCGAGAACUCUAUCAUCAUUGGUCUCUUGGAGCAACCGCUAGGCAACUAUGAAGAUCCUUUGCCCACAGUCACUGCAUUGAUUCGAGGGCCAUUUGGUCGCCAUGCCUGGACCAUGCAGCUUCGACACUCACCUAGGACUGGUCACAGGCUUUCUUCUUCCAAGAGUUUGCUGUCCGACCCUGGGCGGCCAUUACCAAUGGACACACUGGGGGUGAAACAUGGUGUCAAGCAUAGACACUUUCCAGAUAGCGUGGAUAAAGUUCAACAAACUAUGGCUGAUAAAAGUAUCCCGAGUCUGGACUCCCUCGUCACGGACACGAAAACACAGUCGGAGCUUGAGAAACUACGUCAUCUGAUAGAGCAGCAGACUCAGUACGAGGUGAAUAUCAGCAGACGUAACCAGGUGGAGGAUGCACGACGACCUUUCCCGAACCAAGCAACCGAGUGCAAGCCACCAAAAAUGUGCCAGGAGUUUCAGACAGCCCGCUUGUUCCUGUCACACUAUGGAUUUCUCUCUCUUGAGGCAUUGAAGGAGCCGAGCAACAGCAGUCUACCCCCUUCAUUGGUCAUGCUGGACACCAGCAACAGCAACCUUUUCAGUGACCUUGAACUCCUCGACAGUAUCCCCAGCAGAGACAGCGACACGGUGCACGUGUUCUAUGUAAAGGCCGGACAGAAACUUCCUCAGAGCAUCGUGGAAAAUAUGUCGUCUCGUCAGACCGUCCAACCACAGUUCAUAGAAUUUCUACACUCGUUAGGCUGGCCUGUGGAUAUCGGGAAACACGCUGGCUGGACUGGACAUGUCUCUACCAGCUGGAGAAUCAUGGACCAGGAGGACGCUAGUGAAGAGGUCUAUCCCCGAGGUACGGGAGGCAGCGUGUAUGAUGGCAGGCAGCAGGUGCUCUACUGGGCUGACGUGAUGUCAGAGAUAGCCUUUGUGGUACCCUCUUCCGAAAGUUACAAUAGAUACCUGGCUGAUCCAAAUGGAGAGAAAUCCCCUCAGCUAAGCAGGUCCUCCGUGAUCCUCACUAAGCCCCGGUCCCUGACCUUCGAGUCCCAGGACAAGCUGAGGGUGGACCGGGAGCCCACGGGGUCACUGAGUGAUGUGCCCAUGAUGAGGUCAAGGAGGGGUCGCCAGACCAACCUGAUGGGGCCCGACACGAAGGUGUUUGUAGUGUGGUUGGAGAGUUAUGAGGACCAUGAGAACUUCCCAGUCGGUGAGUUGCUCGGGGCAACCAGGACCGGUCUAGAGCAAUACACGACCUCAGUGUCAAUGCCGUUACCACGGCAGCCAGAGAAGGAUGUUUUUAUUAUAUUCAUCCAUGCCCUUCAGAAUGGUCUGUUCAGGAUCCACAUGCAGGGUCAGACUGGCAAGUUAACCAUGGCGAUACCUCUCGUGCAUGGGAUGGUGGUGAGUCGUCGUUGCCUAGGUAACCUGGUCAGACAGACAGCCAUUAACAUUUGUAAACGCAAGAGACUGGAAAGUGAGCUGUAUCAGCCGCCACAUGUGAGAAGGAAGCAGAAAAUCCAGGAUGUCCUUAAGAACUACAACAUGAAAAUGGAGGCCCCAGACUUCUACACGGCACUUUUCCAAGACGUCGGCAAGGAGUGAACCACAGGAUCAAAAUGAAUAACACAAAUGUUUGUUUAAGAAUGGACAAUUCUGUAAGAGGUUUUGGGCUCAUUGAGUUUAAAGAAGAAGAUCUUGGAGAGAAAGAGUGAAAAAUAUGUUUUUAAAAUAGAUUUUACAUCUGAAAACAAGACUAAAUUGCAUAUGGCUAUCUAAACUUGUUUCAAAGGCUUGGUCGGAAAAAUUAUUUUAGCUUUAAAAAUUGAUGGUUUGUAUUUAAUAAGAUUGUGUGAGUACUGAAGAAGACCCACUAUGAAAAUAUAUAAGAAAAUACUAAUGGCAAUGAUUUGUGCAAUAUAUGUGCAUGUAUAGUUUAUAUAGUCAAAUAGUGCUUAUAGUUAAAGUGUUUUUCUGUAAGCAUUGUACUUGAAGAUACUACAAAUGUAGCUAGUUGCAUGAUAAACAAUAUAACUGUCAGCUAAUAUUUUGCUUGAAAUGACUUUUUCUUGUGGUGUUUGUUAAAAAAUACAGAAGAAAUAAUCAUAA